AUGACCAACAGUUCGUUCAAUGAAAAUUACAAUACUAAUGAUAAAGAGUUCGUUAAAUUUAAAUAUGUAUUGAAAAAUAUUAAUAAUGAAAUUUCUGUUAAAUCGCUUUUAAUUGAAUAUUUAAAUCCAUUGAAAUGGUUUGGCAGUAAAGUCAACGAUAAAAAGUCAAAAGCUUUCAGUGAAAUGCGUGAAUUGAUUUUGAAAAAAUUCAAAUCACAUUAUAUUGAUUAUAAUCCUAAUUUUCAACGAGAUUUUUGCGAUACACUUAUUGAAGCUAAAAAUUUUGCCCUAAAGGAUGGCCACCAAUCGGCUGACUAUCUAACCGAUGAACGGCUAUCGAUGUGUGUGUUUGAAAUGAUUUUUGCCGGAAUCGAUACAUCGGAACAAACAUUUCAAUGGCUGUUACUAUUGAUGGCCUAUUAUCCAGAAAUGCAGUACCGAUUGAAACUGGAAAUUGAAUCGAAAAUCGGUAACCGAUUGCCCGUACAUCAGGACAGACAACACUGUCCAUAUGUGAUGGCAUUUCUGGCCGAAACGUUAAGAUUUAGAAAUGUAUCGCCAUUUGGUGGCGGACACAAAUCAAUGGUCGACAGCAAAAUAGGUACCUAUAAAAUAACUAAAGGUACGAUUUUGUAUGCGUAUCAGGGAUUUAUAUUGAGAAACAAUUUGGACACAAAAUAUUGGACGAUCGCUAAUGUCGAUGACUUUAUACCCGACCGUUUCAUCGACACUACUGACGGUACUUAUAGGACAACCAGUUUUUCUCAGGCAUUCAUACCGUUCGGUGUCGGACGUCGUCAAUGUUUGGGCGAAAGUUUAGCAAUUGUUGAACUGUUUCUAGUUUUGGUCCGUUUUCUACAAUCGACCCGAAACUAUGAUAUAGUUUUGGACAGUCAUCAGGGUUUGAAUCCAAAUCCAGACAAAUCCUUUGUAAUUAGUCCUAAAAAUUAUACGAUUGUAUUAAUGAGUAAAACUUAA